AUGGCAGUCCACCAACCAUUGAGCAUUCAAUCCAAACGCAGAAGCAUUUCUUUGUUGAUUCAACCUAUCAACAACAUUCAGCCAGCCAUGACAGCACAAGCACUGGCACUGGAGAAGCUCGGCCGUUCUGUGGACAUGAGCAUCUUUUCAGAACUACUCGACCUCGAUUCGCCAUCUGAGAUGUUCAGCAAGGAUGUUGUUUGCGAGUAUCUAGUCAUGGCUCCGGAGACAUUAGCUACGAUGAAGGAAAGCCUUACGCACAUCAAUCUCUCACAGCUCAACACAAGCACACAAUCACUUCGCUGCGCGUCAAUGGUGCUGGGUCUCACACGUAUCGAAAAGGCAUGUUCUCGGAUCGAGACUAUUCUGACACAUGGUGUCGAACUCCACUACACGGGCAUCGGCCUUGGUCAAAUCUGCGAGAUCCUCAGCUUCGUCGUCAAGGAUGCACAUUCACAUUUCGAGUUGGCGAAGAUGGCCUUUUCAUCAUUCUACAGCUUGCCAAUGGAUUCUCCACGAGAAGACGCUUCCGAUGCCUCGAGUGCAAGCUUUCAGUUAUGA